AUGUUGUAUUACAUGACACAGCAACCUGCAACUGUCAACCCCAACGAGGUUCUUCUAAGUUCAGGGUCUGGUUAUGCAACCCAGAAUUACCCCAGCUCUUACCCAACUGCCGAUCCUACUCUACCAGAGGCUUCAUCGUCUACGGCCCAGGGCACCACUCCGCACUACUGUUCAGAAUGUGACCGCUCCUUCGGCGGCAACAGAGACUUGAACAAGCACAUGAAAACCCACAACAAGCCUGUCAAAUGCAAAGCCGAUCCCAACUGCAACGUCACCAAGGCAGAGCAACGGGACAUGGAUCGCCACUACCAGACCUCUCACAGAACCUACGCGGCAAGCAAGGGUAUUCUCACCGAGGAAAGGAUCUGUGGAUUUGAGGGGUGUAGAUCAAAGUUUACGAGGCAGGACAAUCUGCUCAAGCAUUGGAAGAAGUUUCACAACUACGAGCAGUAA